ACAUGUGAAUUCUUGUCGCCAGAAAUUCCACGGCACAAAUGAUGAAAGGCCGUCAUCAGUUUCGCCGUCGCUUCAGUUUGCAACCUUCGGCACAUUUGAAAGAAGAACAAGAAGAUACAACGACAAAGAAUGUCAGGAACGACAGAUUGUCAGAAUCGGACAGCGGUGGUGGAAAAUCGGCCGAGAGUUCGAUUCGGCAUAAGAUCGUGAUGAUGGGCGCAGCGAAAGUGGGCAAGUCAGCAAUAAUUAAUCAGUUUCUUUACAGUACAUUCACGCCGAAGUAUAAGCGCACCGUCGAGGAGAUGCAUCACGGUGAUUUCAAUGUUUCCGGGAUCCAGUUGACUCUCGACAUUUUAGACACAUCCGGCUCAUACGAGUUUCCGGCAAUGAGAGAUUUAUCGAUCAAAUCAGCUGAUGCCUUUGUUCUGGUUUACGAUGUCAAUGAUGCUAACACGUUUCUCGAGGUGAAGACCCUCAGGGCUCAGAUACUCAGCACGAAAGGAGCCGUCCCAAUAGUGGUCGUUGGUAACAAGAUCGAUCUCGUAGAAACGGAGCAGGAGGUGGACACCGAGAGCACGAGAGAGUUAGUAACCAUGAAAUGGGAAAACGGCUUCGUGGAAGUGUCUGCAAAGGAGAACCUAAAUAUCUCCCAAGUAUUUAAAGAGCUUCUCAUCCAAGCUAAGCUGAAGUAUAAUCUAAGCCCGGCACUGCAACGUCGUCGUCGGCAAUCUCUGCCACCUCCGCAGCACAUGAAUUCGCGUAGUAGCAGCACCCACGUGCCAUCCCCAACUCAGCUUCAACACCUGCAACAGAUUCGCGAACGCUCCGAUUCCAAAAGGAAUUCUUGCAUUUUGUCGUAAGGCGAGACCCUUGCUGAUAUCGCCGCGAUAAAUCUCCCCUGACGAUUCCACCGAUUAUAUCGGUGCAACCAAAUCGAUCGGCGUCCAAUCUGAGAAUUAUCAAAUGUGACAGAUGACAGAUGAUUCAUUGAUCCGGAUAAGGUUUUAUUUACGGGCUAUGGGAUAUGAUAUAAGCUAUGGGUAUCGAUUGUGCAAGAUUUCGAUAAUUCGCGCAAAGCCACGAAAAAUGUCACGAUAAUUCGUUAUUUCGUCCGUCAAACAUGCAAAAUAUUUAAACGAGUCUAAAAACGUGCAUGUAUUCAGAGGAGUUUUGCUCUAAUGUCAAUAUUUUUAAAUAAUGUCAAAAUGACGGAUCUUCUAUAUGAGUAAUGAAAAUUUAAGGAAAAUUUAAUGAAAAAACACAUUCCAUGGUAAAAAUAUAAAAUAUAAAAAUAUAAAUAUUACUGAAUCUCUUUUUCAAAUAUAGAAUAUAGAUACAUAUUAUUAAAGAUUACUUUUUAUAUGAUUAACUAAAAUACUAAAUCUUUUAUUUUGAAUUUUGGAAUACGCGAUUUCUGGAAUUUCUGUAUCUUUAGAUCUGCAAUAUUUUCAAUAAUUAUAUGAGAGUCACACUUGGUUUGUUUAAUUAAAGAAAAUUAUUUUGCAAAACUUUCUCUAAUGUGUGCGAAAACAUUAGGAUCUUGUCUCAUACACAAAGUGUAGUUCAGAAGAAUAAUAUUCUAAAUAUUUAACUAAAAUAUAUAUUAAAAUGCAAUUGUGUCCAGUUCUUUUCGUUCAAUCUAUGUGAAUACUUUCGUCAAUUUGAUGGAAAUAACGUACAUAAGACAUCAACAAAAAA